CCAAAGGGCCUGUUUCUGUGCAGUGGUGCCCUUUGACUCUAAUCCUACCAAAGCCAGGGUUGGUCUGUGUUGUGUGUGUGCGUGUGUGUGUGUGCGUGCCUGUUGCACCAGACUGAGCCAGUAAUGCAGCCGGCUCAGGUGCCGAUGUACAUCUGUGUGUACACUUCCGUCUCCCUUUGGUGCGCGCUCGGUAACUGUGUUUGGACCCCUGCCAGUGCUCAGGGGGUGCAAGAGACCUGUGCGCAUUUGGGUGGCGUGCACACUCUCUGCUCGCAGGAACUGUGCACUUGCCAGCAGCGGCAGGAAUGCGCUGUAAAAUGCGAGCCAGACUUGAAAGGAAGCGCAUGUUAAGAACCCAUUCGGGAGGGUGUGUGGAGCCGGGCUUCCUCUGUACAAUAGCUUCAGCCAAAGCUGCGUCUGUGCGCAGAGCAGAUGCAAAACUGGCAUUGAGCUGCAGCCCCGGCAAUCAUGCAGACAUGGACAAGCAUUGCUGAACCCUUCACUUGUCAGGUCUCGACCCUGUGUGCACCUCCAGUGAACUAUGAAGUGCCAUCCAGUGCCACGGUCCCACUCAACCAUGUAGGCAGCACAGGCUCUGUGAGGUCUACCAGGAGUCUUCCAUCGCGACACAGGCCCUCCAGGAGUGUGAGCCUCACCCAGACAAUGGAGGAGAGGUCAGACCUUCACCUGACGUACAUCACCGAACGAAUUAUCUCCGUCACGUUUGCCAAUGGGGUGGACGAGCAGAGUUACUAUGACAACCUGAAGGAGGUGGCCCAGAUGCUAAUGUCCAAACAUGGCGAGAACUAUCUAUUCUUCAACCUGUCGGAGAAACGGCGAGACAUUGGGAAACUCAACCCCAAGGUGGAGGACUUUGGGUGGCCGGACCUUCAUGCACCCCCCCUAGACAAGAUCUGCAGCAUCUGUAAGGCCAUGGACACCUGGCUCAAUUCGGAUCCCCAGCACGUCGUCGUCAUUCAUAACAAGGGUAACUGUGGCCGGACAGGAGUGGUUAUCGCAGCCUACAUGCAUUACAGCAACAUAUCUGCCAGUGCCGACCAGGCGUUGGACCGGUUCGCCAUGAAGAAGUUCUACGAGGACAAAAUAUCGUCAGUUAUCCAGCCCUCACAGAAGAGGUACAUCCACUAUUUCAGUGGACUGCUGUCUGGAACCAUCCAGAUGAACAACAAGCCUCUGUUUCUGCACCAUGUCAUCAUGCAUGGCAUCCCCAGCCUCGAGUCCAAGAGCGGCUGUCGACCAUUCCUGAAGAUCUACCAGAGCAUGCAGCCCAUCUACACCUCAGGAAUUUACAAUACUCCAGGAGACAGUCACACAAGCAUCUGUAUCACAAUCGAGCCUGGGCUCAUGCUGAAAGGAGACAUUUUGCUGAAAUGUUAUCACAAGAGAUACCAAAGCCCUGCCCGGGAAAUUGUGUUCCGUGUGCAGUUCCACACGUGUGCCAUUCAUGAGCUUGGAGUAGUGUUUGGCAAAGAGGACCUCGAUGCUGCCUUUAAAGAUGACAGAUUUGCCGAAAACUCCAAGGUCGAAUUCAUCUUCUCCUUUGGUCCAGAAAAGAUACAAGGGAUGGAGCACCUGGAGAACGGCCCGAGGGUUUCCGUCGAUUUCAACAGCUGCGAUCCUUUGAUGAGAUGGGAUUCCUAUGAGAACUUUAACGCCGAGGUGGAGACGAGCAGAGAGGGUGAGGCGGCGUCCGUGGGAAGAGAAGCAGAGUUUGCGUAUCAGAAUGGAGACCCUUUGUCAGACCUGGGAAAGAGAGAAAAAAGAGAUGUGGUGCACACCCAGGGGCCGCUGGACGGGAGCCUAUACGCCCGAGUGAAGAAGAAACAGUUGACGGAUGGCACAGGAAACCCGCUGAGUGUGGGCGACGUCAGCAGAGCCCCAGCCGGGCUGCCCGACCACCUGGAGCACACGCUGUCAGUCAGCAGUGACUCCGGCAACUCGACGGCCUCCACCCGCACCGAGGAGCAGCUGCUCGCCGCCAACCCCGGCAUCACGGCCAAGGAGCGGCGGGAGCUCGACCGCCUGCUCAGUGGGUUCGGACUGGAGGGUGCAGACCCUCUGCAGGGCCGUGCCCCAGCCUCGGGCCAGGGGCUGGGGCUGGAGCUGGGCCGGGCCCUGGGUACCCACCACGUCCUGGUACCAGCUCAGGUACACGUUAAUGGCGAGGGGCCAUAUUGUGGGGCCGAGCGAGAGACCGACAUCCUAGAUGAUGAACUGCCAGUCCUGGGCACCCGCUCGUCGUCGGACGGGGCCCUGGCGGCGGCACUGGGCGCUGCCUACACCGGGUCAACAGCAGUCCCACUCUGCAGCCUGGAGUCAGGCCCCAGCGCCCGCCUGCUGCCCACACUCUCGACGCCACGGCACGUCACCUACAGUGGGCCUGAGUGGGCGCCGCAGCCGCAGACAGCCCUGCUUCUGCAGGCAGGCGGCCCGACCAGCGCGCCGCCCCGUUCGCUGUCGUGUGGCUCCCGGCCGCCACUCCUGCCGGCGGCCCCGGCCCGCAGCACCAGCAGCCGCGAGGCUGUGCAGCGAGGCCUGAACACCUGGCAGCAGCAGGCGGCCGGCCCAGCCAGUCCGCGCCACAGCCGCUCCGAGCCCAGCCUACUGACAGCUCAGCCUCCUGAGCCCGGGCCCGCCUCCCGCCAGGAGAUCGAGGAGUCCAUCGAUGCCCUCAGCUCGCUGAUGCUGGAUCUUGGAAUGCCAUCCUCAGGCCCUGGCCCCAGCACCGGCUCCUGCAGCCCGCUGAGGGAUCGCAGCCAAAGGCCCGGAUUGUCGCCGUCCCAGCCUCUCGCCUUGGAUAAGGCCACCGUCAAUGUUACUGCCCUGGACCAGGUGGAUGGCCCACAGAAUGGGGAGGACUACAGCCUGGAAGGGCUGGUGGCACAGCGAGUAGCAGGAGUGAGGCCCCGGGAAAUGAGUCCACUGGAGACAGACCUGAGCUCGAGGAGACGGACCAGCAGCGAGGGCCACUACGAGAAUGGCAGCGACGCCUCCUGCAGUCCUCCUGUGCGUUCACCUGUCCGCUGUGUCUCUCCAGAGCUGGCCAGCUCCAUCGCUGCCAAUCCCGGGGGAUGGCCCAAGGAGUCCAACAUGCACAGCUACAGGGAAGCGUUUGAGGAGCUGGAAGGAGCGACAGUGAGUCCGGCCAGCACCGUGGCCCGUUCUCCUCCUGGACUGGCCCAGACCCCACUCUCGGCACUGGGCCUGAAGCCUCAUAACCCGGCUGACAUCAUACUGCAGUCCACCAUUCUGGGGCAAGAGCCCAGGAGUUACGUGGAGUCUGUUGUUCGGACAGCGACCGUAGGUGGGGGCCAAUCGCAGGCUCGCCCUGUACCUCAGAGCUACCCAGUGGAGACACCAGCCCGAAACACGUCCGUCCUGUCAUCGUACACACCCCCAACGCCCAUCUCAACCAGCAGUCCCCUGUCCAGCAUGGAGAGCCCCUUCCUCGCCAGCUGCCUGUCGACGGACAUCAACGGGCAGAACAGCUCUGCGGCGCCGUCCUCCCUGGACUCCAGCCUGCGGUCCAGCAGCCUCUCGCACCCUUUGCUCGCCGAGCGCAGCUACUUCAGGGCCAGCCCGCCCCGUCACGCCGGCAGCGUCCCGACCAUGGAGCCCGCCGGCUUCGGCCACAGCGUGCUGUACCCCGAGCGGCCAGCCGGCGCCCAGCUCAGCGCGGCAUUCCCCGAGAGCCCGCAGCCCUUGCACCGGACCGUGGCCACCAACACCUCACCCAGCCCCUCGCUGAGCCGGCAAGUGGCUCCGAGUAGCCCCGGGCUCAGCAGGCACCCCCUGGGGGCACUGGCCGGGGUGUCGGGCAGUCCCGUCCUGCCCCGGUACCACGGCGUGGUCAGCGCCAGCGCCCCCGUGACCCCGAGCAGCCCGGCGGCGGAGACCUACCCCCCGUACGGGUUCCCGGCCCCAGCGGAGGACGGGUACCCGGGGCUGAUCCAGCAGGGCAGCCCGGCGGGCAUCUCUGCUCCGGGGACGCCAGGGUUCCCGGUCUCGCCGGCCUACCUGGGCGCCGGUGGGGGCUCCCCCAUCCUCAGUCGCGGCUACGCCAGCAACAGCCCCCAGCCGCAGCUGCCCCAGAAGCGAAGGACAUCGAGCGGCGAGCGCUCCGGCAGCUCAACCAACUAUGCCACUGUCAACGGCAAGGCCGCCUCGCCUGUCUCCAGCGGGGUAUCCAGCCCGAGCGGCAGCAGCACGCCCGGCCUCAGCUACACACAUACCCUGCCUGACUUCUCCCGGCUGGCGCUGCCUGACAGCAGCCCAGAAACCCGAGCCAAUGUUAAGUUCGUCCAGGACACUUCAAAAUACUGGUACAAGCCAGAUAUCUCCCGAGAACAAGCAAUUGGCCUCCUGAAGGACCGGGAUCCGGGAGCGUUCAUUAUCCGGGAUAGCCACUCGUUCCGGGGAGCCUACGGACUGGCGCUGAAAGUCUCCACUCCUCCUCCGUCCGUCACCCCACAGAGUAAGAAAGGUGACCUGACCAAUGAGCUGGUUCGACAUUUCCUGAUUGAAACCAGUGCCAAGGGGGUGAAGUUGAAAGGCUGCCCCAGUGAACCCUACUUUGGCUGCCUGUCAGCUCUGGUGUACCAGCACUCCAUCACCCCACUCGCUCUGCCCUGCAAACUCGUUGUUCCCAGUCAAGAUCCAGUGGACAAAGCCCCAGAACCGUCAGCACUGGCAAACUCAGCCUCGGAGUUACUGAAGCAGGGAGCAGCGUGCAAUGUACUGUUUGUAAAUUCGGUGGACAUGGAGUCUCUGACGGGGCCACAGGCGAUCGCAAAGGCCAUCUCGGGGACAUUGGGCACCCAGCCGCAACCCACUGCCACCGUCGUUCAUUUCAAAGUGUCCUCACAGGGGAUAACCCUGACGGAUAAUCAGAGGAAGUUGUUCUUCCGACGUCAUUAUCCCAUCAGCAGUGUUACGUUCUGUGAUGUCGAUCCACAGGAGAGAAGGUGGACAAAGCCAGAUGGCGCCUCCUCCAAGCUCUUUGGCUUUGUGGCCCGGAAGCAGGCGAGCACCACUGACAAUGUCUGUCACCUCUUUGCGGAGAUGGACUCCAACCAGCCAGCCACUGCCAUCGUCAAUUUCGUCUCCAAGGUCAUGAUUGGCUCGCAGAAGAGAUGAACGCCUGUUGUCCUCCCCGCCAAGCAAACGGCAAAAGUGGUCCACGGGGAGAGGAGAAGGACUUGGAGACGGGUCGGAGAGGGAGUGCGCGGAAGUGAAGGGUGGCGACUGGGGACUGAGAUGUGUCGGGGGAGGAGGGCAGAUCUCGUAAAAAUGCACAGCGUGAGGAGGAAAUGGCAAAUGUUUCCAGUUGAAGGACAACUAACUAACGGGCAGUGUUUAUUUUAGAACUGUAGGCAUAAAUGUGUGGCAUGACACAGGAGUCCAUGAGCUGUUUAAUUGUGACUCGUUAACCGGCUUUAAUCAAUUGCUAAGCUCAGUGCAUGAUUUUUCCAAUGUGACCAUGGUCUACCAGAUUCUGCUUUGGAAUGGGGGCAUUCCCACCCUAGGCCACCCUCUGCCCUAGGUGGCGCGGAGGGAGAUUGUCUCGGAGAACUGGGAGCUGUGUACCUCCACCGUCCCCUCACCACACCACGGAUGUGGCACACAAUAUGAGAGGUGACAUGACACUGACUGGGAGGGACCGCCAACGUAUAUAUGGGGAGGGGGUGCUUUCAGCCUGAAGGGUGGAUAGUGACCAGCAGUCUGCACCUUCCCUGCCACCCCAGCACCUAUUGCUGUUCAGUCCCCGACUGUGUUCGGAGACACUGGCCCUCCCCCCUCCCACCACCCGGUGUUCCUUUCCUCUCUGUCCAAGCCAGCCACAUUGUUCACUGUGGCCUUUCUGCACACAGGGCUCUCUUCUUCAGUGCCACAAACUCUGUCUCCUGACCCUACCCGCUGGGCACCAACACAAAGCCAGAACCCAGCAAGGUAGGGUUCAAAUCUUACUGCCACCACCCAAGGAACUGAAUCCAAUUUAAAUAAAUCUGGCUGUGAAUAUCUAGUCUGGGUAGAAUUAAAAGAUGCAGGUGCCCUGUAUGGAAAGAGACGUCUGUCUAUACCCCAUCUGGACCACCACACAGUCACAGAGUCACAGUCUGAUUGUACCUGCUAUGAGACAGCAGGACAUAGGAACAAAUUAGGCCAUUCGGUCCAUCAAGUCUGCUCCUCCACUCCAUCAUGGCUGAUUUAUUUUCCCUCUCAAUCCCAUUCUCCCGUCUUCUCCUCAUAACCGUAGAUGCCCUUGCUAGUCAAGAAUAUAACAACCACUGCUUUAAAUAUGCCCAAUAACUUGCCUCCACAGCAGUCUGUGGCAAAGAAUUCCACAGAUUCACCACCCUCUGGAUAAAGGAUUACCUCCUCAUCUCUGUUUUGACUGCUGACACCCAGGUUCCAGCUGCUCAGGCCAGCCCCAUCCCCUUAUAGCUGCCACCCCUCUCCACGUCCCCUCUCUGCAAGAACAUCUUGAGUUUGUCCAAAUGUCUGUGAACAGCUGGAGCAAUGUCUCUGAAAACUCCCAAAUACUUGCCCGGGAGUGAAAUGUUACAGACUUACACAGUGCUGGAACUGAUCGGACCGGACGCCUGUGCAAGCGCUUAGCCCAGGACGGGGGACCCCCGGUGGCAGAGAGCAAAAUCCUGCAGCUGCUGCACAUUCUGAAAUAAACCAGAGCACAUUGCAAAAUUUUGGGCAGAUUGGGCAGCGUUCCUAAAGAAAGGAACAGAGCUAAUGCUGCGUUCUGAACCACUGACAGACCUCCCUGCAUCACUGAGUGCUUCAUAGCAUCUUUGUUCAGAGGCAAACCACCCUCGUACUCCGUGUAGGUAGCCUCCAACCUCACGGCAUAAACAUUUUGAUUUCUUCAAUUCCCCACACUGGCUGCUUACCUCUUCUCUUCCCCUGCCUAUCAACUUCCCCGGUGCCCGUCCUCCUCCCCUUUCUCCCAAGUCCACUCGCCCUUCCUGCCAGAUUCCUUCUUCUCCAGCCCUUUACCUUUUCUAUCAAUCCCCUCCCAGCUUCUCACCAUCACCUCCCCCCUCCCCACCUGGCUUCACCUGUCACCUUCUGACUUGACCUCUUUCCCCACUCCCCCGCCGCCUUAUUCUGGCACCCUCCCACUUCCUGUCCAGUCCCGGUGAAGGCACUCAGCCCAAAAUGUCGACUGUUUAUUCCCUCAAUAGAUGCUGCUGAGCUCCCCCAGCGUUUUGUGUGUGUUCACCCUGCCUGACCCUUCCUCAAUUCUACAGUGUAGCUGUAGGUGUAACCCACUCAAUGGGUCUGUCUGCCCAUUCAAAUGGACUGAGGAGAGUGGGCAAAAUAUGUCACCCCCUACUCCCGUGUCUGACCCCAGCAGCCUAGUACACACCCCUGUGGGGUAGGGAUAGUACAUGAUGCACAAGGAGUGAAGUGCCCUCCACACUAUCCCAUCACACACUCCCAGGGUCAGACACAGAGUGAAACUCCCUCUACACUGUCCCAUCACACACUCCCAGGGUCAGACACAGAGUGAAGCUCCCACCACACUGUCCCAUCACACACUCCCAGGGUCAGACACAGAGUGAAGCUCCCUCCACACUGUCCCAUCACACAUUCCCAGGGUCAGACACAGAGUGAAGCUCCCUCCACACUGUCCCAUCACACACUCCCAGGGUCAGACACAGAGUGAAGCUCCCUCCACACUGUCCCAUCACACACUCCCAGGGUCAGACACAGAGUGAAGCUCCCUCCACACUGUCCCAUCACACACUCCCAGGGUCAGGCAUAGAGCGAAGCUCCCUCUACACUGUCCCAUCACACACUCCCAGGGUCAGACACAGAGCGAAGCUCCCUCUACACUGUCCCAUCACACACUCCCAGGGUCAGACACAGUGAAGCUCCCUCUACACUGUCCCAUCACACACUCCCAGGGUCAGACACAGAGUGAAGCUCCCUCCACACUGUCCCAUCACACACUCCCAGGGUCAGGCACAGAGUGAAGCUCCCUCUACACUGUCCCAUCACACACUCCCAGGGUCAGACACAGAGUGAAGCUCCCUCUACACUGUCCCAUUACACACUCCCAGGGUCAGACACAGAGUGAAACUCCCUCUACACUGUCCCAUCACACUCUCCCAGGGUCAGACACAGAGUGAAUCUCCCCCUACACUGUCCCAUCACACACUCCCAGGGUCAGACACAGGGUGAAGCUCCCUCUACACUGUCCAAUUAAAUACACCCGGUGUCAGAAACAGAGUGAAGAUCCCUCUACACUGUCCCAUCACACACUAUUGGGGCACAGUUUGGUACAAGUCUCCCUCCACACUAUUGAUUUGUAACACUAUUACAGGGCCCCCCAUCCCUUGCAUAAUUGCAGCUAUGAGUAAUAUCCUGAUAGUAUUGAUUUGCCUAAAUCAGCCCCUCCCAGAAGAUGGCUUCUGGAUCUCCGGCCACUAUUACCACUGGUGCCCCAUGCAGCAAAAACACAGGGUCUCUGCAACCUCACCAGCACAGCGAGCACUUGACUGCUGCCCCCGCUCAUCAGAAGCCGCCCCGAUGCAGUACAGAAUCCAUGGACAGACGUCAGUGAACUAACGUUAACAACAAUGCGUAGCUACACCUGCUGGUCUGACCCAAAAUGUCACGGGCAUUUUUCCCCACAUUGGAAUCCGCCAUCAGACUGAUAGCCACUAACACAAAGGCAGCAAUUUUUACGUAUAUAAAAAGCGCAGAAAUAUGUAUAAAAAUUUGCUUUAUGAAUAUAUUAAAUCUUGGAAUGGAUUGUAGAGGUGAUUUCUUUCAGAAGUGUCAAGGGUGCAGUGAUACCGGUUGAGGUCUCGGCUGUGGGUUGUACCGGCAAACUCUGAGUGAAGCGGCCCGGCCUGUCGGAGGGCUAUGGUGUUCGCUGCUGCGCACAGCCUCUCUCAGAGUUUGAACAGGCACCAUGGUCAGGGGGCAACUGGUCACAGCCUGUCUACUGCCCUAGAAAUCCAGCUGUAUACAUUGUAAAUUUGGAUUCUGCUCCCCAGUCAGGGCCUGCAUGUGUGUAGGAUAGUCCCCCCAGUGAGGAUCAGUGUGUGUGUGGGUCUGUCACCCAGUGAGGGUCAGUGUGUGUGUGGGACCGUCCCCCAGUGAGGGUCAGUGUGUGUGUGUGGGACCGUCCCACAGUGAGGGACAGUGUGUGUAUGUGUGAGACUGUCCCCCCAGUGAGGGACAGUGUGUGUGUGGGACUGUCCCCCUGUGAGGGUCAGUGUGUGUAUGUGUGAGACUGUCCCCUCAGUGAGGGUCAGUGUGUGUGUGGGACUGUCCCCCAGUGAGGGUCAGUGUGUGUGAGACUGUCCCCCCAGUGAGGGUCAGUGUGUGUGUGGGACUGUCCCCCAGUGAGGGUCAGUGUGUGUGAGACUGUCCCCCCAGUGAGGGUCAGUGUGUGUGUGGGGACCGUUCCCGAGUGAGGGUCAGUGUAUGUGUAGGAUAGUCCCCACAGUGAGGGUCAGUGUGUGUGUGUGUGGGACUGUCCCCCAGUGAAGGUCAGUGUGAGUGUGGGACCAUUUCCCAGUGAGGGUCAGUGUCUGUGGGGACCGUCCCCCUGUGAGGGUCAGUGUGUGUGGGACUGUCUCCCAAUGAGGGUCAGUGUGUGUGUGGGACUGUCCCCUAGUGAGGGUCUGUGUGUGGGACCGUCCCCCAGUGAGGGUCAGUGUGUGUGUGGGACCAUCCCCCAGGGAGGGUCAGUGUGUGUGUGGGACGAUUCUGCAGUGAGGUUCAGUGUGUGUGUGGGUCUGUCCCCCAGUGAGGGUCAGUGUGUGUGUGUGUGUGUGUGGGACCAUCCCCCAGUGAGAGUCAGUGUUUGUGGGACCGUCCCCCAGUGAGGGUCAGUAUGUGUGGGACUGUCCCCCAGUGAGGGUCAGUGUGUGUGUGGGUCCAUUCCCCAGUGAGGGUCAGUAUGUGUGGGACUGUCCCCCAGUGAGGGUCAGUGUGUGUGUGGGACUAUGCCCCAGUGAGGGUCAGUGUGUGUGUGGGACCGUCCCCCAGUGAGGGUCAGUGUGUGUGGGACUGUCCCCCAGUGAGGGUCAGUGUGUGUGUGGGACUGUCCCCCAGUGAGGGUCAGUGUGUGUGGGACCGUCCCCCAGUGAGGGUCAGUGUGUGUGUGGGACCAUCCCCCAGGGAGGGUCAGUGUGUGUGUGGGACGAUUCCCCAGUGAGGGUCAGUGUGUGUGUGGGACGAUUCCCCAGUGAGGUUCAGUGUGUGUGUUGGUCUGUCCCCCAGUGAGGGUCAGUGUGUGUGUUUGUGUGUGGGACCAUCCCCCAGUGAGAGUCAGUGUGUGUGGGACCGUCCCCCAGUGAGGGUCAGUGUGUGUGUGGGUCCAUUCCCCAGUGAGGGUCAGUAUGUGUGGGACUGUCCCCCAGUGAGGGUCAGUGUGUGUGUGGGACUAUGCCCCAGUGAGGGUCAGUGUGUGUGUGUGGGACCGUCCCCCAGUGAGGGUCAGUAUGUGUGGGACUGUCCCCCAGUGAGGGUCAGUGUGUGUGUGGGACCGUCCCCCAGUGAGGGUCAGUGUGUGUGGAACCGUCCCCCAGUGAGGGUCAGCGUGUGUGGGGACCGUCCCCCAGUGGGGGUCAGUGUGUGUGGGACCGUCCCCCAGUGAGGGUCAGUGUGUGUGGGUCUGUUCCCCAGUGAGGGUCAGUGUGUGUGGGUCUGUCCCCCAGUGGGGGUCAGUGUGUGUGGGACCAUCCCCCAGUGAGGGUCAGUGUGUGUGGGUCUGUCCCCCAGUGAGGGUCAGUGUGUGUGGGACCGUCCCCCUGUGAGGGUCAGUGUGUGUGGGACCGUCCCCCAGUGAGGGUCAGUGUGUGUGUGGGACCGUCCCCCAGUGAGGGUCAGUGUCCUCUUGCUGAAUGGACAAGUUGUACAUUUGGUGAGCACCCUGUCACACUGGUCUGAUCAGCUGUGUAUGAAGCAACUUUGGACUGGCAUGGUGCGCACUUCAGAAAUAUCUCGUUUGAAAUAUAUCACAGUUCUCCGCUUAUCAUUUCUGAACAGAAUAAUAGAAAAUUUAUGAAAUAUUUAUUGUAUUCCUGAUUUCAUCGCUGGUGUUUAUCAGAAUCCUGUAUAAAAGGUUGUGUAUAUCAAAAUAAUCCUGCUGAAUAGAAAUAUUUUCAGUGUAAAGGAGAAAAUGGUUAGAAUAAAGAGGAAAUUGGAAGAGAGAGAGAGAGAUAGAGAGCUGAAAGAAUCCGCAUGUAUUGUUUGUAAUGUUUGAAUGUUACAGUGUUGAUUGUUAUAAUACAUCUUAUGCACAUAUUAAUAUAUAUUUACUGGCUGGA